CAGUAGUACUCUGAAUGGAUCACACAACGACUUUAGUCUGUGAAGUAUUACUGUGAAAGCAGCACGUACAAAAUCAUCAGUGUUAAAUCGAUUUUCCAUACGUUUUUCGAAUUCUAUUGGGGAUAAGAGAGCAAAACUAGUUGAAGCUGUACACGCACAAAAAAUAGCAACAAGAAGUUGUUGAAUUAUCCACGAGCCAUACAAACAUACAAAACCAUCAAAUCGUCGGAAGAAAACUAUCAACAAACGACCCGAUUGAAUAGAAAAGAGUUUUAUGUGAACGAAGAAUCUAUACACAAUAUAGAAGAAAAGGAAACAAAAUAUUAUUUGCGCCGGGUGUUGAAAGAUGUACAGUGCGAAUCAACGACUUCAAGUGUUUUUCAAGUACAAUUUUAAGAAGCAGAAAACUUUAUAGCUUGUUUUUUUUUUCACACAUACACUUAUUUUCUUCCAACGCAACGUAAAUGUUUUCGCAUUUCUUUGUGCUCUAGGAGUGUGCAUUUUAAACGCAUUUAUACAAAUCGGCAGUUUUGCUAUUUUCUGUCAGUUCAUUUCGGUUAAUGAUUUUUGGUUGGUGCUUGAGUUCUCUUUUUUUCGUUUUUUUGUUGUUCACAUCGUAUCGCGUACGCUUUACCAAUAUCAAUCGACCAUAGUCUGAAUUCACUUAAUUGCGGUUGCAAUAAAAUAAUAAUAUAUUCCAUCGUAUCGAGCCUAUAAAAAAAUUAUAUACACACAUAUACAAUAUUCAUUCGGGGCAUUCGGUAUUUUUGUGGUCGUUGCUGUGGUGCCGUAUAUUUUUGUCAUUCAUUUUUUGUACUCUAUUUGAAAGUCAUCCCGGUGCAUGUUACGCGUCUAAAGCGGUUAUGCAGUUUGGUUUUUUUUUUGUAAUUGCUCAUUUGGUUUGCCAUACGCAAAAAGAGAAUAAAUGUUCUCAAUGUUCAAUGAUUAAUAAAAAAAGUGCCUUUGAGUGAAUGAGUUGUGCGAUCGGACAUCAAGUGAAGAAAAAAAUAUGUCGUCAAAUCACUUGCAAUUCUAAAAAACAAAACAGUUUAUAUACACAUAUAUUUUAUUGACGAUAAAAAUCGAUCGAGCGCUUAUUGAACGGCUUUAAUCAUCGGUUUCAAUAAACAACAUUGAUGCAAAUUUAGCGAUAAAAGAGAAAAAAUUAGCAAAAUCAACAACUAAUAAAAAAAAUAGUAAAACAAUACGUCUAUUAUAAAGAAAAAGAGUAUUAAUAAGCGAAGUAAAUUAAAUCGUAGUGUGAACGAAACAAUAAAAUGAUGCAGCAGCCGGCAACAAUGUGGUCCAGUAAAAAUCGAUCGAAAAUGCUAUUCACUGCGCGACAAUAUACUCAUUUGGCAGCAGUCAUUUUAUUAUUUGCAAUACAAGCAAUAACAAUGGCAACCGCACAAAAUCAGGCUCUAUCAUCGACAACGCCAAAACUCGUACACGGCGGUGCACUUGCAGCUGCUGCUACAAACCCACUGAGCAAUUGCUCGAAUGUGAGGAAUUUAUUUGAAUCGCAGGGAAUCAAUGGCGCCGAUAUACCAACGCAACCAAUCACUGAUGCUCGUUUAGUUUAUUGUGAUUCGCCCGCAUCUGGAACAUGUUGUUCGAAAAACAUGGAACUUCGAUUGGCCAGCAGCUCACGUACAACGCUCGAACGAAAUACCAAAGAAUUGAUUGGAAAAUUAGCAUCGGUGUUGUCGGCACGAGCCAGCCGUUUCAAUGAAUUCUUUAAAAAUUUACUAUCUCAAUCAAAAUCGGAAUUCCACGAAAUGUUUAAGCGAACUUAUGGCGUGAUUUAUGAACAAAAUUCGUACGUGUUCUCCGAGUUAUUCAACGACUUGGAAAAGUAUUAUGUUCGUGGAAAAGUUGAUUUAACCGAAGCGCUGGAUACAUUUUUCAACAUUUUGUACCAAAAAAUGUUCACCGUUUUGAAUUCACAAUACAAAUUCGAUGACAAAUACUUGGGUUGUGUGAGCGAACACAUGAAACAACUGAAGCCAUUCGGCGACGUUCCCGAGAAAUUGACAGGACAAAUAAAACGAUCGUUUGUGGCGACACGAACAUUUGAACAGGCUUUAACGUCAGCAGCUGAAGUAGCUAGAAAUAUGGCAAAUGUACGACCUGGGUCGGAAUGCACAAGUGCUCUAACAAAAAUGCAACAAUGCGGUGCAUGCCGUGGCUUUGUUGAAAAACCAUGCUCAAAUUAUUGUGUAAAUGUUAUGCGCGGAUGUUUAAAUCAUUUCAUUGAAUUGGACGCCGAAUGGGAUAAUUUUGUACAAUCAAUGGACAAAAUAACGGAACGUUUAUUGGGACCAUUUAACAUUGUUAUGGUUGUUGAACCAAUCAAUAUAAAAAUUUCCGAAGCUAUCAUGAACUUCCAGGAAACCGGCCAAGACAUAUCAGCACAAAUCUUCAACGGAUGUGGUAAACCUCAAUUGAAUCCCGUUAAACAACGUAAACGUCGUGCAUUCAGACCUAGCCCAAAAUUGAUUGUUGCUGAACCAAAGAAAUACUUUGAUGACAUCAGUCGGGAAGAUAAACUAUUCUCGUUUGAAGAUGCUGAACCGGCACCACCUUUGUUUAAUGCCAUGGAUAUGAUUUCAUAUGAAUCAUCAAACGAUGUUUCUGGAAACAAUUUGAAUCGUAAAAAGCGUCAAGCUGCGCCCACAACCGAACGGGCAAAUAAUCGUGAUUUGGUCUUCGAGCCACUUCAAUUUGAUGGCGAAUCUGAUGAGGAAGGGCCGAGCUCAUCGAAUAAAGGACGCAGAAAGAAUAAGAAUGGCAAUCGAAAUGGCGGAAAUGUGUCUUCAAAAGAUCGCAACGAUGAUGAUACAGAAGAUAACAAAGAACCACCGCUUGAUAAACUUGUCAAAGACAUUCGAACAAAAGUCAAGGAUUCAAAGAAAUUCUGGUCAAAUUUACCGUAUCAAAUUUGUAACAAUGAUGAAAUUGCCGCAUCACCAAGCAACGACAUGAACUGUUGGAAUGGAAAAGGAAUUGACAGAUAUCCACAUAUGAUUGCAAAUGAUCUGACAUCAAAUCCAGAAUUUCCAUCACAAAUAAACAUCAGACGCACAGCAACAUUCGAAGCACAAUUAUUUACAUUGAAAAAUUCCAUCACCCAAUUGCGGAACGCAUACAACGGCCACGAUGUUGAAUGGGCCGAUAAUGAGGAACCAUACUAUGGUAGCGGUUCGGGAUCGGGCGAUGGUGAUAUCGAAGAGGAAGGCUCUGGUAUUGGUCCAAUUGAUUACACACCGAAUGUCAAAGAAGAAGGACCAUCAACCACACACCCUGUUGAUCCAAUCAGCGGUAAUGGUGGUAGCAGUGGCACCGGCAUCGCCACCGACAAAAGUGAUAAAGAAAUUAAUAAGUCCGUUGACAAAAGCGAAAGCAAUAAUAAUAAAAUCGAUAGUAAUAGUAUUAAUGAUAAGAGUUCAGGCAGCAGCGCUGUCGGCACAACCUCGCAAAUGUCUCUCAAACGUGCCCUAUUUACAUAUUUUUUGCCAAUUUAUCUAGCAUGGUUUGGUGGUUUAUUUUCCGAACUGCUGUGAUCAACUUAUAAUUUCUUUUUAAUUAUUUUAAUUAAUUAUAAAAAUUUAAUUUAAAGUGUAUUUAAAAAAAAAAUCGAACAAAAAAAAAGAUGAAACAACAAAUCGAAAAGAAUGAAAGAGAUUUCAAGAUGAAAUGGCAAACAAAUGAGCGAUUAGUAAAUAAUGAAAUGCAUGAAAGUGAAAUAGAAUUUAUAAUUAUAUGAAUAUACUUACCAUGUAUGUGUAUACGGUGAAAUUAAGUGGACAAAAUUUGAGAGAGCGAGAGAGUAACUAAUUGAAUACAAGCUAGUUAAGGAUUGAACAUAUUAAGCAAAUAUUUUUCACAAGAAAUUAAAACGCAACUUUAAGCAACAUAAAACAAAAUAAAAUUUAAAAUUCGACCUUUUUGAAGGAAAUCAAUUUUCGACGACGUAGCAGCAAACAAUAGAAAAAAAUCGCAAAAACGUAACAGGUCAUUUAGUCGUACAGAAUAUUCGUUGUAUUAGGAUUUUGAAUACGUUUUUUGUUUCCUUUUUUGAAGGAGGUUAGACAGAACAACAAUA